GGGCGAGCUGUGGAGCCAUGGACAAGCUGAAGCGGGUGCUGAGCGGCCGCGACGCGGAGGAGCCGAGCGGCCUGGCCGAGGUUAUCGAUGCGACUUCGUUAGGUUGGGGCACCCGAGUGAAAGGUUUCAUUGCGUGUUUUGCGAUCGGAUGCCUGUGCUCGAUCUUGGGUAGUUGUCUGCUAUGGAUACCAAAGAAAGGGCUGGUACUCUUUGCAGUGUUUUAUACCCUCGGGAAUAUUGCAUCUAUUGGGAGCACUAUGUUUCUUAUGGGACCAAUGAAACAACUGAAGCGGAUGUUUGAGCCUACACGUUUGAUUGCUACUAUUGUUAUGCUAUUGUGCCUCAUACUAACACUGUGUUCUGCUUUCUGGUGGCAUAAGGCAGGACUCGCGCUGCUUUUCUGCAUCUUACAGUUUUUUGCCAUGGCAUGGUACAGCAUUUCCUUCAUACCAUAUGCAAGGGAUGCUGUGAAGAAAUGUGUUUCUGUCUGUCUGUCUUAACAGGAAUAUUGGAUGCCUCACAAAGUUCUAGGAAGUUCUAGAUAGAACUGUGUUGAGAUCACUGUGUUAUGUAGUUUCCUACUUCAGUCUUGAACAUGUGCCUUUAAGUGCUUGUUAGAAGCGCCUUGUGUUACACCCAGCGUAUGCAGUUGCUUGGGUUUGUAAGCAAUGGUGUCGGUGGGACAGAGGGCUUGUGCUCAAAUGAAAUUCAGUCUGGCAGAAGAACUGGGCAGAGGUCUACUAUUUGUUAUGGUGAUUCUUGCAUAAAUUCAUGCAUUUGGUUUUGCAAAAGUUUCAAAGUAAUGUGUAAAGUCUGUAAAGUGAAGACCUUGGCUCUGAUGGGACUGUGCCUGUUGUAAAGUUGAAAACUGAUUUCUUACCAACAACUUGGGAUUUUUUAAAAUAGCCUUGUGUCACUUAACCUUUGCACUGUUUGCCUUGGAUAAUGGAAUAUUGGUACUCUUUCUUUUCCUAUCUCUCUUGCAAAAUUUUAGGUUUAUGAGACUUCUAAAAGAUGUAGUUCUAAAGGCAAACACGGAUUAACCAUGAAAUGUUUUCAUCUUUAAUGAAGUACUUAAUUCUCAGUAUAUACUGAUAGUUCUGUCCUUAAAAUACAUGAAAGGGACAUUUUCAUAAGAAAAAACUUGCUCCUGUUGGAAAAGCAGUUGUAAAAUAAGGUCCAUUGAUGUUUUCAGCUACCAGGAACCUGAGUUCUUUUCCUUGCUCAUGGUUGCAAGGCAGGAAGCUGACAUUUUUCAUAUGAAGUGAGGUGCUUCUCUUCUCCUCCAGCUGUAGCAUAAGAGCAAUGCAAAGGGCAUGGUAGGCAAGCAAUAAAGGAAUUUAUGUAUUUUCUUUCUCAAAGGGCAAACUGUCAUAAGUUGAAAGUGGGCUGUUGUUUUUAAGCAGCCUGGGUCAGGGAGAAGACAUUUUGUUCUGAACUUGCAAAUAAGUUAAAACUCCAACAUUUCUCUUUGUUUCUUUGUACGUGGAAUCAGUUUUGUUUCUGCUAAAACUCUUGGACACACCGGUGAACUUCUCUGCAUGGAGGAGAAAGCACAACAUUCUCUUGCCUGUGGUAGCAAAGCAUGAAACAAUGCCACUGCCAGCUCCAAACAAGUGCUGAACAGUCUGUAUCCAAAUUCCAAGGCCAGUCUGUGUUCUCUUUAUAUUCUGAACUACAUAUAAUCAUUUACUCCAGCAUUACAUUGGUCAGUUUAAUAACUCAGCACAGAUUCCUGCUUCUGCUGUGUGAGAUAGUGUUUAACUGCUUUCCCCUUUCCUUUUACCAAAUUGUCUUGCUGGAGCCAGUGUUUAAGAUGAUGGUUUUCCAGUGCACUCUAGUGGGAACUGAAGCAUCUCUUCCUUAAUCUACCAAGAGUUUAGUUGUUUAAGAGCAUUGUGUUCACAUGGCAAGUGUAUCCCUGACUUGUACCACAAAGAUUUUAAUGCAGGAAAAACCUUGAUCUACUUGGCUAUAAAGUAUAAACUCACAGUGAAGGUAAAUAGUUCUAUGGCUUCCAGAAAGUUACAUAAAAUUAAUUAAUCCAAAAUCUUAAAUUUAAGUGUCCUUCUGAUAAUUUAUAAAGCUUCAGUACCACCCACCUGUAAGGAUCCUCUAAGGAAAAAAGAAUUAAAGAUUGCGUUUUGCAGAUGGUAUGAAAGAGAGAUUUUGACAAGCUUUCUGUGGAUUCCAGGUGGCCAGAAUUACUGUUGCAAAGGCAUUUGAAUGGAAAAUGUCACCUUGGAAAGAUGGCACUAAUGUUGGAAUGAAUCAAUUAUGCAGAUUCAGGUGCUAGGUCCUGGCGCUUUUUUUGUCUCUCAGGAUUUAGAACUUAGUGUUGAAAUAAAUAUGUUCACCAUUAUUCUUCUUGAAAGGAAGAAUUGGUUAAAUGCCCAAGAGAGACUGGGAAUUAAAGAAAACUGAUCUUUUUUUCCACUGGCUGAUCUAAGACAAGUGACUAAAGGGACGUGUGUCUUUUUUUCAGGGAGUAAGUUUAAAACCGAAUUUACAUCUGUCAAAGGACCUAUGCCAGUCUUUUCUAGGGACUUUGAUAAUGUUUACAGAAUUCCUUUGUAUAAGGGAAAUAGAAAUGCAACCCUAAUGCCUUUUAUUUACAUUAUAAUAUUCCUUUAAUUUUAGCAUCUCUGAAUGUCCCUGGGAAAAGCUACAAGCACAGUAACCAUUGUUUCUCCUUCCCCUCUCCAGCUAAGUUAUGUUAACUCCAGUCAUCAUUCCAGGUUGAGCAGUCGCGAUAAUGGAAUUUGACUUUUGGGAAUUUUUUUUUUUAUUACUUCAGAUUAGGAGGAGUAAAAGCCUUUUGCUUAUUCCUUGGCUAGCUUGGGCAGGGUUCUGGUAGCCUGACUCUCUGUCAGUUCUUCUGGAAGAACAGUACAAUUGGGUAUGGUGAAUGUUAGUUUUUCAACAUGCAGAGUAGCUAACUAAGACUCUUGUGAACACAGCCAAUUAGAAGUAGGAAAUUUGUGAAAAUACCAAUAGAUAGCACAUAUAUGGAUUUUUGUCCUUUCCUGCUCUCCUCCCAGUUUAAAACUGGAAUUCCAGCUUCAUGGCCUUUUAUUCAGGAAGAGAGAAGAACAAAUCUUCAUUUGACUGCACAGCACACCAGGCUAAGCAAUUGUGCCCUUACAGGAAGGGAACCCAAGGGGAGAUGGCAAGGACACAAGGAUCACAAGAGUGCCACUGGGGUUUAUGUUGCCCUUUGGUGUUGUAUUCUGUUCCUGGGGACACCAGACAGUAGGAGAGACUUGCCAUAUUCUUGCCAAUAUGUGAAACAUACUCAGGGUUUGUCGCUUUAUCUACAAGCAGCUUUGAUUUAAAAUAGCUCUCCCAGAACAAAGCUCUUGGAUUCUUACUCACUUUUAAGUAGUUGUAGUGAGGCUGUUGACAAGCUUAACAGCAAAAGAAAUUUCCACUUUACUGUUGUUCUUUAUUUUAUAUGAUUUUUACAUAACUGGGGAAUAAACUACAUGAAUAUUUCCUCUUGAGUAGUUUUCAAUUUGAAUUAGAUUAUACCAUUAUACCUUUUUUUUUUGGUCAUUAAACCUACUUUGUGUUAUAUUUUGAUAUCAACAUCUUGGGUAUCUGCUUGGCAGGAAGCAUGGUGUGUAUUUCUGAAGCUUUCCAUCUUACUGUCCUUGAGGGCAGGAAUAUUUGUUGUGUGCACUCUGCUGCAAAUAGAGAAUCUGUGGUUUGAAUCACAAAGCUCCUUCCUUCCCAAAGUCCCUGCUCAGUUGCCUACAGCACUUAACUCAAGGCUGACUUCCCUAAGGAAACUUCUUUGAUGUUGGGUGCCCAUCUCAGUAGGAUUUGGUGUUCUAGCAGAAAGUGCUUUUUUUGCUCAGCCUGUUGACCAAUUUGUCCACUUUUUUUCACUUUUUGCUGUACAGAUAACAUAACCUCAACCAAGCAGCCUUAGCGUACAGUUCUAACAGGAAAUUUGUAUAUCCUGGAUCAGCUGACUUUCCAGCUAUAUUAGAAAGGGAAAUGGGGAGGGUGGUAGUCAUUUGUUCCCAAAGUACUGAGACUCUAUACAUUGAAAUAUGGGGUUUUUUUUCACUGCUUCACGGUUUUGCUCUAUUUUGUGUGAUGAAGUCCAUUAUGAACACUGGUACUAUCUGAAAUGGUUCUACACUGAUGACGUGAACAAUUUAAUCUCAUUUAGUAUUUUCAGUAAUAAGACUCUUCAUGAACUGUUACAAAAACCAAGGAAGAAUUUUCUGCCACAAGUUUAAAUUCUUUUCAGAAACCAUGGUUUUAAAAGGAAAGUGUGUUGGGCUCUUAUGUGUGCCUCUGACUUCCUGAGAGCAGCUCUUGAUUCAUUUUGGUACUUAAAUCGUGUUAAUGAGAGUGAGAUCACUGUUCUGUUGUAAGCUGAGGAGGAUGUUUAAACACAUUUGUCUUAAAUACUGAUGUUUACAACCAUAGCAAAUACUGACCAUUUUGGAGGGAAAGCACACAAAUGUUUUAUUGUCUUAAAACCACGUGCCUCACUGUAAUGUGACCACUAAAUUUUUUACCAGCUGUGGAAUUGUUUUGUAAAAUAAAAACCAAACUCAGAAAUUCUUUGCAAUGUUUUAUACUGUUACUGAUUCUAUUUGCUGAUGUGCUUUUUCUGUUUACACUGUUUGAUUUCUACUUUGAUAAACAUCUUUUUGUGACUUACAACUUUCUCUGUAAUGAAGUGAAACCCUUACAAGUGCUGUUUAUUUCCUUCAAUAAAGUUAUCACUGCAUUAAAU